GCUGAAAAUAAUCUUAUGUUUCUUUAGGAAUCGGCACAUCAGAAGAGGAUUUUUUUUUUUUGCACCUGGGAGCCUUUAACUAUCAUGAGUGAAGUAGUAAACCCUGUUUCCACCAGCAACAUUUAUUUGGACCUAGAAAGCUGCAGCACAUCUUCAGAGAUCUCCCAAAAUGAAGUGCAGGAUUCAAUGAGGAAAAGUGGACUUGACUGCACACUCUACAAAGAAGACCAUCAUUCUGAGCUGAUGUUUGAAGAUUUCACAUUUGAUUUUGAAGAUGCUUCAGAGAAACAAAUGUCGCCAUUGAGCACGCUAAGAACUUGCCCUAUAAUGAAAGAUUCCUCCUUUAUCACUGAGUGGAAGGAAUCCAACGAGGGAUUAUUGGACCAAGGAGAAUUAGAGCAACAGUGCAGGGUGCCGGGUUGGGAGGAGGAAUGGUACAGAACGGGGAAAGAAUCUGAUCCAGAAGAUUCACAGGAAGUCGUAACUGAAACUGCCAGCCAAGCAGAGGAGUUACUGGUGGAAACAUCAGAUGUGCCUAUCAUGGGAGAGUCCUUAUUGGACUGCAUUGUUAAGGAAUCGCCCAUUGUGUCAAGUUUUCUCACACAGCCCACAGGUUCUUUAUUGAAGACAGAUGUGUGUGCGGCUAAUGAAGACUUAAUUGUCCAAUGGAAUGGCUCAAAUGCGAUUGAAAAAGCAUCAGAUGAAGGAGAUACGAUGGAGACUGGACACCACAAUGGAUCAAUGAAAUAUUUCCAGGACUCUGAGCUCACGGUUUUGCCAAAUGCUGUGGAUGAAAACCUAGAUUACAUUCGCACUCUGGUGCAGUCAAACAGACAUUUAAAAGAAUGUCUCAAGAGCAAUAUAGCAUGUUGUAUCAGUGAAGAGAAAGUGGACGAUAGCACACUUCUACCAGAAAAUGUUGAAAAUAUGUCCGAAGGAGAGCAUAACACUGAGCCUUCACCUCUCCGUCCAGAGAAGUCCUCCUUCAUGGCAGAAGAAGGUAUACAAGGGGACAGAGGCGACAAAGCUCUUUCCCCAACCCAUUCAACAAAGAGCUGCUGCUUGAGUCCUUAUGGAGCUUCAGACAAACUCUGGAACACCCCAGAAUUUUGUCCAAAGCAGUUGCUGCUUCAAGAAGGCGAUAUGGACUUCAGCAAGGUCAUGAAGGACUUAGAGCUGGAUCAGCAGAAGCACCUGCCCCAUAUCUUGGGUCUUCAGUAUGGCAAUAUAUUUUCUGAGAAGACCAAAGAAAUUGAGAAACUCCUUCUUGAGGAAGGAGAUGCGGAUUUGAAAAAUAUCAUCCAGGCACUAGAGCAAGGCCAAAAGAGGCAACAGAUCCAAGUAUUGGACCUUUAUCAUUGUGAUGUUUCUUUGGCGAAAAGGUUUAAAGAGCAGGAGGUGGACUUUUUCAUGAAGCACGACUUUAUUGACACCAUUAGGAAGCUGAAGGAGAACACUGCUGAUCUCAUAGAAGCAAUGAGCAAAGUCACAGGAAAGAAGGAAGAGGCAGAGGGGUGCCCGAAGUGCAUGAUGGGAGCCUCAGGAAAAACUAAGGAUGAUCUCCAGGACUUUGGGUCUGAGAAGAAAGCUCUGGUGCUGCAGUUGGAAAAGCUCAGUGCAGACUACAGAGUUCUUCAAGAAAAGCACCAGGCAGAGGUAGAAGAGAAGGUCAAGUGUAUGGCUCAGUGUAAGGAGCUGGACUGCGCUCUCCGCAAGAAGGAGCAAGAGAUACAAGAGCUGAAUCGCGUCGUGCAAAAAUUGGAGCGUGAAGCCAGCAGCACCAUGUCGGCUCUGCACAAACUGAGGGGAGAAAGUGAGGACGCUCAGAAGCGUUCCUUGUCCUUGGAGGCAGAACUGCAGAGGCAGAAGGACGAGAGGCUGGCAGAAAGGGAGGGGCUGGGCUGCAGAUACAAUAAGCUGCUUGCUCAGAUUAAACUCCUGCAGGCGGAAUUUGAGAGCGAGCGGGCCGAGAUGGAGAAAAUGCAACAGCAGGUCUGUGCAUUCAGAACAGAGACGAGUGGGCUGCAGCAGGAGAUGGCAAAGAACAGAGAGGAGAAUCGCUUCUUGCAGCUGGAGUCUGCCAGGUGGAAAGAGCAGUGCAGACAAAUUAGAGAGCCACAAACGCUGAAGGAGCAGCUGCAUUCCCAAAUGAUCCAGAUUCUCAGAUAUGAACUUGGAUUAAAGAGGGAAGAGUUGAGAAAGAAAGAAGAAAUAAUCGAGUGGAGCAUGCACAUUCUGGGAAGGUUUCUUUUGAACAUGAAGUCAAUGCAUUCAGCUUUGUCCAUCAGAGAUCUCCACAGUGAAGAAGACCAUUUCAACUCUCCUUAUGUCCAGAAAGCAUCUCACCUCUUGUCAAAAAUCUGCAGUCUUCUGGCUCUUGCAGAAGGAUUACUUACCUGCCAGGACACAGAUAAUCAGGCAAUUGCUGAAUGUUCCACGGAAAGUGAAACUGUUAUUGAAGUGAAGGGGAAAAUGCAGCGCCUGUUAUUUAAAAAGAAAAGCUUGGAGAAAGAGUUGAGGAAGCACAAGGAAAACAUAGCAGCCAUGAGGGAGUUGAUAAUUAAUGAGAAAGUGUCUGAAGACCCUGAUACUGAGGCUACAGAAGCUGGCGAAGAGGAAUCAGAAAAUGGCGGAGACCUGCCUGAUCUUCUGAGAACAAAACUGAGUGAAUACCACAAGCAAACUGAUGAGCUCCAAGCUGAGAUUAAAGCACUGGAAGCUAAUUUGGCAUCCAAAGAAGAAGUAUGCAAGAAGCUCACUGGAGAAAUUGUCGAGCUUCAGAAGGACUUGGGCAGCUUGACAUGCAAGGUGACAUCAUAUGAGGAAAUUAUUGAAUGUGCUGACAAAAGGCUUGAACAAGCCAAUUCAGAAAUAUCUGAUUUAGAGAAAAGAAACCAGGAUUUGGAAGAUUUAAUUAAGAAGUUCAGAAUGAAUACCAGAAAGCUGAGGCAAGGGUGGUGUUCAUUUUUCCCAAAAAUGUGGAUUCAGGGGGAUUUUCAAAAACUGAGUGGAACCCAUUUAGUUACUAAAGGACAAACAAUUAAAUAUGCCAAGUAUGAUUGUCAUUGUCACUGCAGCAAAGUAGGUUUACAAAUGACAUAUUAAAGUUGAUUAAAAAAAUAGAAACCUUCA